AUGGGGGUGGGGCAUGGGAGAAUAACUAAAAACUCUGAAAGAAAUGUUAUGGAACAGUUCAAUCCUGGGCUACGAAAUUUGAUAAACUUAGGAAAAAAUUAUGAAAAAGCUGUUAAUGCUAUGAUCCUUGCGGGAAAAGCCUACUACGAUGGAGUGGCCAAGAUUGGUGAGAUUGCCACCGGGUCCCCCGUGUCGACAGAGCUGGGCCAUGUUCUCAUAGAGAUUUCAAGUACCCACAAGAAACUCAAUGAGAGUCUUGAUGAAAAUUUCAAAAAAUUCCAUAAAGAAAUUAUACAUGAGCUGGAGAAGAAGACAGAACUUGAUGUAAAAUACAUGAAUGCAACUCUCAAAAGAUACCAAACGGAACACAGGAAUAAAUUAGACUCUCUGGAGAAAUCUCAAGCAGAGUUGAAGAAGAUCAGAAGGAAAAGUCAAGGAGGACGAAAUGCACUCAAAUACGAACACAAAGAAAUUGAGUAUGUAGAAACCGUUACGUCUCGCCAGAGCGAAAUCCAGAAAUUUAUUGCAGAUGGUUGCAAAGAAGCUCUACUUGAAGAGAAAAGGCGCUUCUGCUUUCUGGUCGACAAACACUGUAGCUUUGCAAAUCACUUACAUUAUUAUCAUUUACAGUCUGCAGAAUUACUCAAUUCCAAGCUGCCCCGGUGGCAGGAAACCUGUGGUGAUGCUACCAAAGUGCCUGAGAAGAUCAUGAAUAUGAUCGAGGAAAUAAGGACCCCGAGCUCCACCCCCGUGUCCGGGACACCCCAGCCCUCACCGAUGAUCGAGAGAAGCAGCAUGGUUGGGAAAGAUUAUGACACUCUUUCUAAAUAUUCACCAAAAGUGCCCCCAGCUCCUUCAGCCAGAGCGUAUACUAGUCCUUUGAUCGAUAUGUUUAAUAACCCAGCAACAGUUGGACAGAAUUCAGAAAAGAUAAAGAAUUCAACAGAUUCUUCAGAUGAUCCCAGUUUACAGCGAUCAGUUUCUGUUGCAACUGGACUGAACAUGAUGAAGAAGCAGAAAGUAAAAACCAUUUUUCCACACACCGCCGGCUCCAACCAGACCUUGCUCAGCUUCGCCCAGGGAGACAUCCUCACGCUGCUUGUCUCUGAGGAGAAGGACGGCUGGCUUUAUGGAGAGCAUGACACCACCAAAGUGAGGGGCUGGUUCCCAGCAUCCUACACAAAGUUGCUAGAAGAAGAUGCAAAGGAGGCCAUGAGCGUGCCCACACCAAGCCCGGCCCCGGUGAGAAGCAUCAGCACGGUGAACUUAUCUGAGAAAAGCAGUGUCGUCAUCCCCCCACCUGAUUACCUGGAAUGUUUGUCCUUGGGAGCAGCUGCAGAUAAGAGAGCAGAUGUCUCCAAAAGUAUCUCUACCUUUAAAGCACCGGUGUCCAAGCCAGAAGCCACAUCUCCUAGCCCCAACAAUGCAAAUGGGACAGCAAAGCCUCCUUUCCUCAGCGGAGAAAACCCCUUUGCCACUGUGAAACUCCGACCGACGGUGACAAACGACCGCUCCGCACCCAUCAUCCGAUGAAGGCGGGCUUGGGAACGCCUGUUCCUCCGACAUUAAGUUCCCACUUGCAGAAUGACCGCUGUCGGGCGCGCGCUCUAACUGUGGUAAAGCUUCGCCAAAGGGUGCCUGGUUUUAACUCUAUUCUACUUGAGCAGAUCAACGCGGUCUCUCAAUUUAACAUAGUUGGGUUGAUACUUCUUUAUCUUCUUAAAGACAGAAAUGUAAUAGUUUAGUGAUCGACUCAAUCAUUUAAAAUAUCUAUUCUGUUCACCAGAAGGCAGUAAAUUUGGUUCCAAUCCUUACUGUAUCAUUUUUUAAAUGUUCUGAUUUUUUUUUUUAAUAGCCAGAGUAAGGGAUAGUCUGUGCUUUCAUGACUGGCUUUCCGCACCCGGAUGCGAAGGAGACCACAGUUUCGUUUUAUAAAGCAUGUGCUCUUACCUAGCAUUAUGACGUUUAUCUAAAAGAAAUGAUGUGUAAAUUUGCAGCUUGGCAUGCAAAUCCUAACUGUAAGCAAUAUAAAUUAUGAGAUUAU